UGUGAUAUUUUAUCGGUUGCUUCGUACGGUCAUAUUGUUCGCGGCCGGCAUUUGUUUUGACAUUUCGCAAAACUUUUUAUUUGUAGUUUUGUAUAAUUUUCAAACAUCAAAAUGAAACGCCGCAGUCAAACAAACGCGCAAGCGACCAAGGAAGCCGACAAGAAGUCUAAGGAAAAGAUUGGUACACUUACCCUGGAUCAGUUCAGCUCUGAUGUUAUUUGGCAGCUGGCAUCACAGUACUGGUCGCCUGAGACUAAGGACAAACAUUUGCCAUAUAAUGCUGACAUCAUAGAGCGCAUAUAUGCGGACGAGAUUUCUAGUGGAAAGGGCAGCGCACGUCGCAUUAAUAUGCUAGAAUUUAGCCAGUACCUGGAGCAGUAUUUGUGGCCCAACUACAAGCGCAAGUCGGCUACACACGCACACUUAAUGUCUAUCGUGAUUAUGUCAAACGAAAAGUUUCGGGAGCGCGUCGAGGUUUGGAAUGUGUUUGAGCAGUUGCCGGAGGAAUUCCCGGGAUUCUUUCGUCACGUGCUGGAGAGCUGCUUACCCGACCAAGCGACAAAGCAAAAUAAGAGCACAAUGCGCGAGCGGACAGCAUUGCUCAUGUUUCUAAAUCACUGUUUCAAUAGCAUGGAAAUCGAGCUUUGUCGCGAGCAGGCAAAACGCCUCGUCUCCCUCUCUAUGUGGCACUGCCUACAGCCGCGUCGUCGCGAACAAGAGCUGCGGGAGGUGCCCGAAUGGCGCAAAUACUGGAAGCGCUUGCAGAAAAAGGAAAAGGAGAAUGUAAAGCCCGAUGUCAUGUGGGAACGUCACUUUAUGCAGAAUCUAAUCAUAGACUUUUUGCGCAUACUGGAGCGCAUUCCAUUGGAAGGUGAUCUCAAUAGUAACGUGGUUCAUUACUGCGAGCGCUUCUUGGAAUUUAUCAUUGACUUGGAGGCUCUGUUGCCCACGCGUCGCUUCUUCAAUACCGUGCUGGAUGAUUGCCACCUGAUUGUGCGCGCAGUCAUGAGUCCAUUGGUGCAGCGGGAAGAGGGCAAACUAUUUGGUCAGCUCUUAGAUAUGCUCAAGUUUUACACCCGUUUCGAAAUCAACGAUGUGACGGGCAACUCGUUGACUGAUCAUGAUAUGACCCAGCUUCAUUAUAAAAAGAUUACGUCUCUACAGCGCGCUGUGUUUGCCAAGUUCUCUACGUUGCGCAUCUUUGCAUUAUCCAAUGUGGCGUCAGUUGACACUCGUGAAUCGCUAGAGAAACAUUUUGGCGCAUUGGAUGCAGAUGGGCUAAAGCAAAUAGCCACCUUUCUUAAUCUUGUGCCCGAGGAAGCCGUGGAGCCAUUCGAAUGGCAUCGCUUGGAUGAACAGUUCCUGCGUGAGCUGCUCAUCAUGCGACAUGAGAAACGAUGCUCGCAGCUGGAAGCGCUGAACGAGAUGCCGCUGUAUCCAACAGAGCAGAUCAUUUGGGAUGAAAAUUUUGUGCCAUCCGAAUAUUAUACAGGCGACACUUGCCUGGCUCUGCCCAAGCUAAAUCUACAAUUCCUCACGCUCCACGAUUAUCUGCUUCGCAAUUUUAAUCUAUUUCGUCUGGAGUCCACCUAUGAGAUUCGACAAGAUGUUGAGGAUGCUGUCAGCCGGAUGUUGCCGUGGCAGUCGGAAGACGGUGAUGUUGUCUUUGGUGGUUGGGCACGCAUGGCACUGCCUAUCACCAGCUUCGCUGUGGUCGAGGUGGCCAAGCCGCAUCUGGGCGAGAAGAAGCCAUCGCGAGUGCGUGCCGAUGUGGGGGUAACGCUCUCAGUACGCCGCGAGAUUAAGGAGGAAUGGGAGAAUCUGCGGAAGCACGACGUCUGCUUCCUUAUCACGGUAAAGCCCACGAUGCCGUACGGCACAAAGUAUAAUCCCCGGGAACCGUUCAUACCUCAAGUAGGUUUGGUUAGCGUGCGGGGCUGCGAGGUGGAAGGCAUGCUGGAUGCUAAUGGGCGUGUCAUUGAGGACGGGCCAGAGCCGCGGCCCAUGCUGCCGGGUGAGCAGCGAAGCUAUCGAGUGUGGCUGGACUCCAAUCAGUAUCGCAUGGACAUGGACGACUUGCAAGAGGGUGCCGACGACGUCUAUGAGAGUUUCAACAUUUUGAUGCGUCGCAAGCCAAAGGAGAACAAUUUCAAAGCCGUGCUGGAGACCAUUCGGCAUCUUAUGAAUACAGAGUGUGUGGUGCCUCCCUGGCUACAUGACAUACUGCUAGGCUAUGGCGAUCCGGCAGCGGCUCACUACAGCAACAUGCCUAAUCAGGAACGUACUCUUGAGUUCAAUGACACCUUUCUUGACUACGAGCAUCUAAAAGCCAGUUUCCCCGAUUACGAACUCAAAUGCGAAGCGCCUGAGGAAAACAGGUCCCCGCCCUAUCGUCUCACAUUUGAAGAUGUGGCUGAGCAGCGUGACAGUGAUACGGAGGAAAUGGAAACGGAUCAGCCGCGCAUUUCUAAAUCAAUUGUUGUACAGCCUUAUAAAUUCGAGGCGAGAGGUCCCUAUCCUAGCGACAAACCCAAACAGAAUUGCAUACGCUUUACGCCCACACAAAUCGAGGCGAUACGCGCUGGCAUGCAGCCGGGUCUUACCCUGGUGGUUGGCCCUCCUGGCACAGGAAAAACAGAUGUCGCCGUUCAGAUUAUCUCAAACAUUUACCACAAUCAACCCAAUCAACGCACGCUGAUUGUGACACACUCAAAUCAAGCUCUGAAUCAGCUGUUCGAGAAGAUUAUGGCUCUGGAUAUUGAUGAGCGGCAUUUGCUGCGUCUGGGUCAUGGUGAAGAGGCGCUAGAAACCGAAAAGGACUUCAGUCGCUAUGGACGUGUUAACUAUGUGCUGGCCAAGCGUAUGGAUUUACUUACUCAGGUUCAGCGAUUGCAGGAGGCGUUGAAUGUUAGCGGCGAUAAUGCCUACACCUGCGAGACGGCAGGAUACUUUUAUCUGUACAAUGUGAUGGCACGUUGGGAGAAGUUUCAAAGUCAAAUGCUAGCUUAUAGUAAGGAAACGGAUAUGAUUAAGCUUUGUGCGCUGUUUGAAGCUGAAUUUCCGUUUUCCAAGUUCUUUGCCGAUGCGCCACAGCCACUCUUUAAAGGAAACAGCUUUGAUAAUCUUAUGAGCAUAGCUCAGUCUAACUUUCGAUAUAUAUCCGACAUAUUCACCGAACUGGAGGAAUUCCGCGCCUUUGAGCUGUUGCGCACAGGUUUAGAUCGCUCUAAAUAUUUGCUUGUCAAGGAGGCCAAAAUCAUUGCCAUGACCUGUACACAUGCAGCGCUCAAACGUAAGGAGCUCGUGAAUCUAGGUUUUCGUUAUGACAACAUAUUAAUGGAGGAGUCGGCGCAAAUCUUGGAAAUAGAAACAUUUAUACCGCUACUGCUGCAGAAUCCGCUGGACGGUCUCAAUCGCCUGAAACGCUGGAUUAUGAUUGGUGAUCAUCACCAGCUGCCACCCGUCAUUAAGAACAUGGCGUUCCAGAAGUACUCGAACAUGGAACAGAGUCUGUUCACUCGUUUGGUUCGCCUGGGCGUACCAACUGUUGAUUUAGAUGGUCAGGGACGUGCACGUUCCAGCAUUUGCUCGCUUUAUAGAUGGCGCUACAAGAAACUGUCAGACCUGCAUCACAUCUUCCAGCAUGAUGAAUAUAAUCACGCAAAUACUGGCUUAGUCUACGAUUAUCAGCUUGUUAAUGUGGAAGAUUUCAAGGGCGUGGGCGAAAGUGAACCGAGUCCUUAUUUCUAUCAGAAUCUUGCUGAGGCGGAGUACAUCGUUGCUCUUUACAUGUACAUGCGUUUGGUUGGCUAUCCAGCUGCGAAGAUAUCAAUUCUGACCACCUACAAUGGACAGAAGCAUCUCAUUCGCGAUGUUAUCAAUGCUCGAUGUGGUAACAAUCCGCUUAUUGGUUGGCCGCACAAGAUCACCACCGUGGACAAGUACCAGGGCCAGCAGAAUGACUUCAUCUUAAUUUCAUUGGUGCGUACAAAGGCUGUUGGCCAUUUGCGAGAUGUGCGUCGCUUGGUUGUAGCUAUGAGUCGAGCACGUCUCGGAUUGUACAUCUUUGGACGCGUAUCGUUAUUCAAGAAUUGCCUGGAAUUACAGCAGACCUUCAAGUUGCUCAUGCAGCGACCAUUAAAGUUGCGCCUGGUGCCAGCCGAAGAAUAUCCAACCAAGCGACUUACGAGCGAAACGCCAUCUGACGAUGUUUGUAAAACCAUAGAAAACAUGUCUGAGAUGGCGCAGUUUGUCUAUGAGCUUUACAUGACUAAAAUGGAGGAGCUCAAGAAGACGCUGCCCACUGAGGAAGAGAUGCAAGCCAUGCGUAGCCAGCUACCAAAGGACGAUGCAGAUGAUUCUGAUAACGAUGCAUCAGCGAUUGCAACGGAAGCCAAUGAACAGCCGCCUCAGAAAAAGGUAGCAAAGGAUAAUACUAAAAAGACGCAAGAAGCAUUUAAGCCCACGCCAAUAGUUAACGAGAUCAACGUAGACGAGCCUGAAAUGGAACAGCAGGAAACGCAAGGCCAAGAGGCUGACGCUACCACUACAGAGCAGGAAACUGUUGAAUCGAAACAGGAAACUUCUUAGCGGAUGCACAUAACAUUUAAUUCCAAUCAUUUUUAACAAUUUAUUAAAUGCGGCAAAAUGACCGCACACACAUAA